CAAUUUUUCAGUUCGGCGCGAACGUCAGUCGCGAGUGGAUGUACUAACCAACCAGCCGGUGGAUAUAUCGAAACUUUUUGAAAAAAUAGAAAAAGAAAAGCCUUUUGUUACUCUCUCAACUUACCUACACCACGGUGUGUGUGUGUGUGUAUACACACUCGAGAGAAACGUGUGUGUGUGCGUGUGUGAGUGUUGAGACAACGACCGAGUUUGUUUAUUCGUCAAAGAGUAAAAAAAAGAAAAAUUCCGUGCUGGGUCUGAAAAACGUUUCGACAGUCUUAGAAAUAUAUAUAUAUAUUUAGGAGAGAGAAAAAAAGAAGUUUUGUUUUUGUGUGUGUGUGUGUAUACCUUUAUUAGUGAGUCGCCAUCUUGAAGAAUUCCUGUUCUUUUCCCGCCACAUUCUUAUCCGAACGGUGUAGACAGUGACGGUUGGGUGAGAGGUGCUGCGGGCAACAGUUUGAAACAACAAAGCGAAAUCAAAAGAAAAGAAGAACUUGGCCAUUCUUCUGUGCGUCGUCUGCUUUUAGAUCGUUCGACAAAGUCAUUGAACGAAAAGGAAAGUAGGCAGUGUGUGUGUGUUGUGCUGUGUGUGUGUGUGUGCAAAAAAGUAAAAGGAGAAUCCAAUAAAAAAUAUAAGUUGUUUACGUGAGAGAGCGGAACAUGCGCGCAACGUGAUUCCGGUCGAUGAUGUCAUCGCUGGCAUGAUUCACUCGUCUCUUGCAAGCUGUUUCUUUUUAUCCCAACACUCGAGCGUCACGCUGCUUUUGAAAUUGUGAAAGAAAUUCAUCAUCGUUCUCUCUCUCGGUGUGUCUGUGUGUGUGUGUGAAACAAACAAAUAUUUAACCCGACAUUUAGACCCACAAGUUCUUCAAAAUGGAUAUCUUACCGAGUGGAAACAUUUUUCGGGAGUUGCAAGUCGUCCACGAUACUGGAUACCUUUCGGCACAGACGUCACUCGAAGAUCACUGGGAACAGACGUGCUACGAGAUGGAACGGUAUUUGAAAGAUGAGCCGCAACAGCAGCAGCCGUCAUCUUCGCCGCUUUGCUCCUCGUCAGCAGCGGCGGCCCUACGCCGGGCCGAAUCUUUUGACAUGUUGUCGUCUUCCAUCCAACCGGCCAGCUAUUUGGCUCCUGACUCGGUCAACUCACCCAUGUGGCCCUGGUCUUUCAAACAGGAGCCAGUCGAUCCCGACACGGAUCCCGAUGACGGAUGCCAACUCCUACGAGCUCACAAGCACCACCACCAAAUCGCCCUUCGGUUGGGACUCAAAUUGCGGGCGGGCGAAACGUACGCCGACGAGUCGACGGAAGCGGAUGAGAGCGAUCGCGAGCUGGAAGAAGAAGAGGAGGAAGAAGAAGAAGAAGAAGAAAUGGAGAGGAAAGGCGGAAGAGCGCUGGAUGCGGUGAGUUUGAGUUCGGCCAGUUCGCGAUCCAGUCGCGGCUCGUGGGACAGUCUGGGCGACCUGGACCCGACGCUGCGGAUCCAUCCGUACAGCAGCAGUUGCAGCAGUUCGCACACUAGUUCCAACAACAACAGUCACCACCACCACCGCCCCAACCACCGAGGACCUGUCAGAAUCUAUCACCAUCACCACAAGACGCCACGAGGAGGAGGUCAACUUCUCACCCCGCCUUCCAGUCCUGAAUCCAUCCGCGCCUCAAUGGUCUCGGCACUCAAGUCGGCGACAGCGGCCAACCGCAACGCCAAUGGCAAAGUCUCGGUCAACAACAACGUCACUGCUGCCAACAACGUCGCUGACAACGUCGCCGCCGCCGCCGAACUCAGCGGUACGCAGACGAGCCGGAACGCAGCGGCGGCGGCUGUCAGAACGUUGACGGCCCUGGGCCUGACUCCCGCCACCUCACGGGGCGGAGUCGCCGAGCGUCGCCGCAUCCACAAGUGCCAAUUUCCCGGAUGCAAGAAGGUCUACACCAAGAGCUCUCAUCUCAAGGCUCACCAGAGGACCCACACAGGAGAAAAGCCGUACCAGUGCUCAUGGGAGGGAUGUCAGUGGCGAUUCGCCCGCUCAGACGAGCUGACCCGCCAUUACCGCAAACACACGGGCGCCAAACCGUUCAAGUGCGUUCAUUGCGAACGCAGUUUCUCCCGCUCCGACCACUUGGCCCUCCACCUCAAACGUCACCAAUAAGAAAUCGACAACAACAAAAUGGAUGCAUGAAGUUGGUAUAUAAAACACGCGUGUCGUUUCUCUCGUUUUGUUAGCCAUUUUUAUUUGGGAAUUAUUAUUUCUAUUAGAAUUAUCCCCGCGAACCUUUUUUUUUUUAAAUUCUGAAAUUGUAAUUUUCAUUCACGCGUCUGCGGUCGCCGCACAUCGAACAAAAAGUAUAAAUUAACAACCAAAAUUGGGCAAAACGGAGCAAUUUUUUCUGUGUGGCAAUUGAUUUGUUAUUUUUUAAAAACACAAAAAAAAAAAAAAAUCAAUAAUAAAUAAUAAUGAUAAUAAUUAUGUUUUCUCGUCUUCCCCCCCUCCACACACACAAUGUUUGAAAUGAGCUUGUAUUUGCUGAAUCCCUUUUUUUUCACCCCAUCUCCCCAAUGUUGGAGCUUUGACGUUGUUGCGCAAUGACGACAUUUGUUAUCAAAAGGUUCGUCAAAUUCGUCGUUGUAUCCCCCCCAAGCUUUGACUGUUGGUUUUUUUUUUCUCUCUCUCCUCCACACACACAAAAAUCCAACCCAAAUUUUUUUCUGGUUUGACACAAGUUCAAUCUCUUCUAGUUAUUCAUCUUUUUUGAAAGAAUCCUUCAUGGCCGAGAGUGUGAAGAUGUCGAACGAAAAAGCAAUUUUUUGAUUGACGAACGACCAUGCCAACAAAAGAACUGGGCCGACUUCUGAAAAUCUAUUGAAUUCCAGUUUCUUCUUCUUCUCCCCAUUCACUACUUCCUUCCUUUCAAUUUCUCUCUUCUUACUACAGGAUAACAACCAGAAAGUAAAAUAAAAUAAAAAUAAAAUAAAAAAUACAAAAAUAUUCAGCUUUAUUGAAAAUCCGGUUUAGGGCGAAAGAAAAAAAAGCUUGUAAACCUUCUUUAUUUAAAAAGAAAAAAUCCGUUUGUAUUCAAAUUUUGUUUAGUAUUUUUUGGCGACGCCAUUCUUCUUUUGCUCUUGUGGAUUGUGACAAUUUUUAUACGAAAAAAAAAGAAAUUAAAUACAAAGUAAAAAAAAAAAUGGGGAGAAGAGAUUAAAAAAAAGUAAAAAGAAACAAAAGUAAAUAUAUAUUAUAUAUAUAAAAUUUUUGUGGUGGACCGCGCGAUAUGAUAUAUGUUAUGUACACACACACAUUUUUGAGCUGAUGCUUUUUCUGCUGGCUGAUGAGAGAAAAAUAUUUGUUUCCUCCUUUGAUCCCCUCCCACGUUAACUUGCAUUUUCUUCCACCCCCCACUUUUUUAUUUUUCCUUCAGAUCCAACACCCCCGAAAAACACAAAUUGACUUCCAGCACAAAAUAAUAAUAAUUAAAAAAAAAAACAACAGCUCCCUCCUCCCCACUAAUAAAGUUAGUAGUAAUAUACCACCUUCUGAAUUCUGUUCAUUAAUGAAAUCAUGGGGGAAGAAAAUAUUUGCGAGCGACGAUUGUGUUCACUUUCGUUUGAUUUCGAGUUUGUUUUCUUUGAUUUUUCGUCUUGUGUCGAUCCUUGUUGUUUUUGUUUCGCCCGCCUUUAAUUUGAUCAAAUGAAAUAUUUCGUGGCUUCAUUUGUUUCUAUUUUAUAAAACCCCUUUUUUCCUUUUCGUUUUAUUUUUCGUAUACCGUUGACCAUAUUCUUAUCCUCUCUCUCUCUCUCUGUGUUGCAAAGUCGUGAUCCUCUCGAUCUUCACACCAAGAAAUAUGUGCAUGCAAUUAAUUUCCUCCUCCGAACAAAAUCAAUUAAAAAUAAAAUCCCCUC